GGCAGCAUCGCACAUUUUAUUACAAGUUUAUUUGCAUACUAUUUAACAUUAAAAUAUCCAAUCAUUAAGUAUUAAAGUUUAUUGUGCGUUGUAAUAUUAAUAUAUAAUGGCUAUUUGUAUAUCAAUAGUUGGGAAGGAUAAUGCUCCACUAUAUUUUUCUACAUCGGACAUGGAAAAAGAGCUAGAGUUGCAGUAUAGAGUACAUGCAGCACUUGAUGUAGUGGAAGAAAAAUGUCAGCCGUCCAACAAGGGAACAUCUGACUCGAAGGAGUUGUACUUGGGACUUUUAUAUUCUACAGAAGCUAAUAAAAUUUACGGUUUCGUUACGAAUUCUAAAAUAAAAUUUAUUGCUGUGGUUGAUUCUGGAAAUAUAGCAUUGCGAGAAAAUGAAGUGCGCUCGAUGUUUAGAAAUCUACAUGUUUUAUAUACAGAUGCCAUUUGUAAUCCUUUUCAUAUUCCGGGAGAACAGUUGAUGUCAAAAAAAUUUGAUCGAGCAGUUCACAAAAUAAUGAAUGGAGGUUCUUAAAUCUAUGGAAAACAUAAUGUUGAUAAAUAUUUUAUACAAAUGUGUUAAUUGUACAUUUUUAAUACAAUUAAUAUAUUAUAAAUCUUUCCAAAUAUUACCCCAUACAUAA